AUGAAGCUAAAUUUAUUUAAGCGUUCAAUGAUAUUUGCGACCUUUUUUGGUGCGUGUCUCUGUAUAGCAUUGAUCGUUGCAUCUCUGGGGACAACACAUUGGAUAGAUGCGCGAGCGCAUCGAACAUCCAUCCGGGAUUCCGACGGUCGAAUUAGUUUUGGGUUAUUUGAAGGUUAUAAGCAAUUAAACCCCAGAUACGGCUGGCGUAGUCAUAAUUUUAGUGUGAAAGCGGGCACGCACCCGGCACGUCGUUGGGCGUGGUGCGGCACUGCUGGCCAGUUGGGCGCGGCUCUAGUGUCAGCGGGUGGCGCUUGCGUUCUCGCCGUUCUGGGCGCCGCCGCGAGACAUAGAUGUUCCCCGAAACCUUUAUUAAUCGCGAAUUCCUUGGCAGUUUUAUUCACAUUGGGUGCGAUAUCAGUAUGGCUGACGGAGUAUUUUUUGCGGCUGCAGUACAACGUGUUGUCUGAUGAGGACCUCGCGAGCACCUGGACGUCUGAUGGCAUGGCCGACCUUGGUCUCUCUUUCUGGUUAGUAGUGGCGGCGUCAAUAUCGGCGCUAGUAAACAUAAUUUGUAUAGCGGUAGCGGCAGCUGAGGGACGCGACGCUGACACUAUAGCCCCGGCCCUAGAAGAAAAAGUCAACGGAGCCAUCAUGCUGUAUUAA